ACGGCGACAGUCAACAUCUGUUCCGUAUUGUUUUGAGAAAAACAACACGUAGCGUUUGCAAUUAUUUGUAUAUUGUCACGAAAAUACUCAUGUAAAGGAAUCGCUACUUUAAGCACGAAAAUGGCAAAAUCCUACGUGAUAGUUGCGAGAACAGCAUUGCUGCUGAAUUUGAUAAUUGCAGCGGCGUCCCACGAAGCCAAAGAUUUUGACGAUUCAAUUUUGUAUAAAAUAGAUUUCGAAGUGCCGGAGUUAAUUGGACAACCAGACUUGGGCAAUCAGCUACGAACAUUCUACACACCGGAUAAGGAGAAGUACGAGUGCCUGAUUCCGACUUUGGAGCACCAGAAGGAGGAGGAAAAGUCCGACAAGCCGGAGUUGUCUCCAAUUACAUUGCUGCAACCCAUUUUCUCUGCCUUGACCUGCGCGUACCGCAUCGAGGCCUACUGGUCCUACGAGAUCUGUCAUGGCCACCAUGUGCGUCAGUAUCACGAGGAGCGCGAGGGAAAGAACGUCAAGUUCCAGGAGUACUACCUGGGUAAAUGGACCGAUGACAAGAUGGAAACACUGACAAAAGCCUGGGAAGCCGACCUCAAGGCGGGCGUUAAGCCGAAAUACAAGAGCCUCAAGAUCGACAACACGCGGUAUCCAUACUUUGAGAUGGAAUUCAACGAUGGCACCAUGUGCGAUAUAAUCAACGCUCCCCGAACCACAAUGGUGCGCUAUGUGUGCUAUCCCCAUGGCAAGGACGAUAUCUACUCCUUUAAGGAGACAUCCUCGUGUAAUUACGAGGCCAUUAUCCUUUCCUCGACGCUGUGCGCAAUUCGCGGCUUUCAUGCCGAAGAGACCAAGGAACUGUCCAUACAAUGUUUCAACUCCGAAUCGGAGCCGCACAGACCACUGAGCAUGCUGCGAUCGGAGCUGAAUGAAUGGGAAGAAUCCGAGGCGGACUUACUGGUUUCCAAAUUCAUAGUCAAGUACUUCACUAAUGGUGAACUGGAGGCAGAUGGAGACUAUCAGCAGCUUCUGCUGUCUAGAGCAGCCUCUGGAACAGGACCAAUACCCAUCACUGACUUGACGCCCAUUAAGGACUUUAUUUCGGGCAAGAACUGCCUAACUGGGGGCAAUGGCUGGUGGAAGUACGAGUUCUGCUACGGCCGUCAUGUGCGUCAGUUCCACAAAGACAAGACCAGUGAAGUGGAGCUCUUUCUUGGCUACUUCUCAGAGGAGGAGCAUCGCGCGUGGUCCAACGCCAACCCGGAUAAGGGAGUACGUCGUCACGGCUUUACGACGUCCAUCUGGCACCAUUAUGGAAAGGGAACCCACUGCGAGCAGAUUGGAAAGCCCCGCGAAGUGGACGUGAAGUUGACCUGCACACCUGUGACCAACAGCGGCACCGCUGUAUCCAUGUACCUUGUUGAGCCGAAGACGUGCCAGUACAUCCUGGUCGUUGAGUCGCCCACAAUAUGUGAUCUCAUGCGCUAUGCCGAUUCCCAGGGACUGGUGAAGCUGGAGAAUCUGGACAAGAUCUUGGUUACGGAAACCGACCCUUCCACUGCAGUGGAGCCAGAGAUCCCCUCUUAGACUGGUUUCGUAUUCUAGUGAAUUACUUUUAAAUACAUUGAUUGUAAUUUUACAAA